AUGCAUCUGUCUCUUUUCUCCCUCUUCUCCCUGCUCUCUGCUUCAACACUAGCAACCGCAGCAUCCGCCGCCCGUCAUCUCACCAUCACCAUCCCUCCCUCGACCAUCCUCCCCAACCCGAACGUCCUCCCAGCCAAUACCCACGCGACUCUUACGACCUUCACAAAGAACACAAACGACAAUCACCAUUUCACUGCACCCCUCUCCCGCUCCGCAACCUUCGACUUCCACCACCUCCCCGCCUCCUCGAAGCCCGAAUCCUACCUCCUCGACAUCCGCUCCCCAGAGUAUGUGUUCGCUCCCCUUCGCGUCGACGUCGCUGCCGAUGGCUCUGUCUUGGGUAUCUGGGAAACCUUUCGCGGGAACCCGUGGGAUAACCGCGGCGCGGAGAAGUUCGUCUUCGAUGCGAGUGCUCCCCGCGGUGGUAACAGUGGAGCUGAAGAAGCUGUAAUGGUUGAGGCGAAGGUUCUGGCCCGGAGAGGCUUUUAUGAGGAGAGGUCGAAGUUCUCUCCCCUGGCUUUGUUCAAGAACCCCAUGAUCCUGAUGGCUUUGGUGGCUCUCGGUUUCACCUUUGGAAUGCCCAAGUUGAUGGAGAACAUGGACCCCGAAAUGCGCGCCGAAUUCGAGAAGCAGUCUCGCUCUUCUCCCAUCGGAGGCGCAACCAGAAGUGCUAUGGCUGGCGGCGGGGCUCCCGGGAACUUCGACCUGGCUGGCUGGAUGGCCGGUGCUACUCCUAGACCCGGUGCGUCUGGUGCGGAAGCUGCGGCUGCGAUUGAGGGAGCGGCUGCUACGACGGGCCGGGAGGGUGGUGGUGCGUCGCGGAGAAGAGGUUGA